CGACAGCCUCUAGGGUCAAAGGACGGCUUUAUCUUGAGUAAAAAAAUAUGGCGAUCAAUGCCGGAAAGAAACGAACGGCCAAACAGAACUCUGUUCCUUCGAAAAAGGUCAGGCUUGCGGCCGGUCCGUCCAAGUCCGGAGGGAAGACGGCCGCGAAGAACAUAAAAGCGAAAGCCAAAGGAAAAGAACGGGCCGCAGACAAGAAAACUAUCCCGAUACCGGAGGCAGGCGAUGAGGACGAGAUUGAGCUUUCGGAUGAGGAUCUUGACAUGCUGGAGGAGUUUGGGGACGCAGCAGGAUUCCUCGGUCACCUGGAUAAGGCAGGGAUAGCAAGGAGUAAGAAGGAGACCGAGCGCCUCCAUGGCCUCGUCAAGCCAGUCCGCAUUGCAAGACGGGAUGAUGACCUGCCCUCUAUCAAUUCUCAUACAGAUGAUGAGAGUGACUGGAGCGGUUUGGAGGAACAACUGUCAGACUCAGGCUCAGAGGACGAAGAGCCCUCGGUCGAGUCCGGCGAAGGGGAGGAUCUCGACUCCGACGCCGAAAUGCCUUACGAGACGAAGCCCCGGCUAUGGAGGACCGCACGCGAAACUUCGCCCAAGAAUGUGAUAGACCGUCUACCUAUCAAGCUUGCUGACGGUCGCAUUGCGCAAGGUGGAACAAGAGUCAUUCCUGGUACGGUAUCGUCGGACGAGAGCGAGGAGGAGUCCGAAGAGGAAGAGCCCGCGCAACUUGAGCCGAGGAGAGAGGACGUUUCCACCGGCGCGCGCUUUGGUCGGCCUGCCGUCGUUGAUGUCAUCCUCCAGCCCUCGCGCAAGGCACGGAUACAAGGCGCCAAAGAGCAAAUAGCCGCCCUAUGCCAAGAAAUACUGGCCGAUCCCGAGAACAGCCUUGGUCUGCUCCGACGACUACACACAUUCUCGUUAACGGAGAUAUCCACUCCUUCUCACCCGGAACCUGUUCCCAAUGACCCCACAAUCAGGAAACUAGCCAUUCUCUCGCAGACGGCCGUCUUCAGGGACGUGAUACCCGGCUAUCGGAUUCGCUCAUUGACCGACAAGGAGAAGGCGGAGAAGGUCAGUCAGAUGGUUGCCCGGACGCGGGACUGGGAGCAGGGCCUCGUCGGCGUGUACCAGCACUACCUCAAGUCUCUCGAAGCAGAGAUCAAAGCGAAAAGCGAAUUGGCCGAUUUAGCGUUGCAAUGCAUGUGCAAGCUACUGGUCGAAGUCACGCACUUCAACUUCCGUGCAAACCUGCUGAGCACCGUCGUUGCAAGACUCAGCCGUCGCUCAUGGGAUAAGACAUCCGACCUUUGCCUAGAUACGCUGAUCAAGGUCUUCCGCGUCGACGCGGCAGGCCAAGUAUCGCUUGAGGCUAUCCGUCUCAUCAACCGGAUGGUCAAAGAGCGCCACUUUGCUGUGCAUCCUAACGUGCUUCGCUGCCUCCUGCACCUGCGGCUGAAGCAGGAGCUCGGCGUGCGCGCAUCGCAGACCAAGGCGGACAAGCACCCUGACGGCGUCCUAUCCGCCGGGCGCGCAGCGCAGCGUCGCUCGAAGGGCAAGGCCGCCGAGCAGCCGCACCUGAGCAAGAAGGCGCGCAAGGCGUUGAAGGAGAAAAAAGAGAUUGAGAAGGAGUUGCAUGAGGCGUCGGCGGAGGUCGACAAGGAAGAGCGCGCGAACAACCAAACUGAGACGCUCAAGCUUCUCUUCGUGCUUUACUUCCGGAUCCUCAAGAGCCCUCGCCCGACUCCGCUUCUGCCCGCUGCGCUGCAAGGCAUCGCACGUUUCGCGCAUCUCGUCAACGUCGACUUUUUCAAGGACCUGCUCAACGUGCUGAAGGAGCUCGUCUCCCGCGACGACCGCGGCGCGCCCGCCGAGAACGGAGCCGAAGCCGAAGUCGAAGCGCCCGCCGACGCAGACGCCGCCCCGUCAUCCUCCGCGGCGCCCGGGCACGGACAGCCGCCGGACGAACAGACGCGGCACCGCCUGCGGUGCAUCAUCGCCGCCUUCGAGCUACUCUCCGGCCAAGGCGAGUCUUACCGAUUCACCGAAAGUCCCAAAUCUUCGCCAUCGCUGAUACGACGAUCUAUUCCUACUUUAGGUGAAGCGCUCGACAUCGACCUCGCGGACUUUGUCAACAGCCUUUACGGCAUCCUCCCUACCCUCAGCUUCGACCCGUCUUCCUCCUCUUCCCCUUACCCCUCACCCUCCGCCGCGUCCGCGUCCGACUCCGCCUCAACCUCCACCUUCGACCUCGCCUUCCGCGCGCUCGAUCUCGUCUUCUCCCCCCGCCGCUCCCUCUCGCAAGCGCACACGCCCUCCUGGCGCGCCGCCGCCUUCUCCAAGCGGCUCCUCACCGCCGCCCUGCACUGGCCUUCCCCCUUCGCCGCGCGGGCGAUCGCCUUCGUGCAAACGCUCGUCGCGCGCGACCCCAAGCUCGACGCGCUGCUCGGCACCGCCGACCGCGCCGCGGACGGCGUCCACCGGCCGUACGUCGACGACCCGCAGCUCUGUAACCCGUUCGGGACGGCGUUCUACGAGCUCCUCCUCCUCCGCGAGCGGCACUGCGACCCGGCCGUGCGGAAGGCCGCGGUCGAGCUCGCCGAUUUUACGAGGUAG